UUUCCAUCUCUAUUUCGCCCGGAGAUAGUUUUGUUUUUGCCAAUUGCCAUUUAAAUUGCCCGGAAUGAGCUUUCAUCAGCCUUCCCAAGGAAAGCCACACCCAAUGGCGGACUACCAAUCCAUCAGGCUUUCCGAGUUGGAGCAGCUCUUCGAGAAGAAGUUCCACUACCAGAAGCCCCGGGGACACGAGUCCUGGCAGUUGCCCCCACAGGAUCAGGCUCUAUUCAGUGAGUUCUACCAAUUCGAGGCGCUGCAGGGUCUCCGGGAGAAACUGAAUGCGGUUAAGAGCAAGCUGAACGACUAUGGUGUCCAGGAAUGGAGUGCCCAUACCAACCGGAGGGAUCCCUCGGGCGAGGUCUCCUGGCGCCUCAAGAACGAUACCAAGGCGGAGUUUGUAACCGUGGCCUGGUGCAAGUUCUUCGAGUGCCUGCAUCGUUAUCCCCUGGUCAAGAAACCAGUGGUAAACACCCUGCAUCUCUGCGAGGCGCCUGGAGCCUUCAUUGCCUCUCUAAACCACUACCUGUAUAGCAAGUACUCCAAGGAUGAGGUCAAAUGGAACUGGCGGUCCACCACUUUGAACCCCUACUACGAAGGCAAUGCCCUAAACCAGAUGAUCUCCGACGACAGGUUCAUCUUCCACACGCUGGACAACUGGCUCUUCCACAAAGAUCUCACUGGCAACCUACUGGAUGUGGGCAACAUUGACCACCUGGCGGAACGUUGUGCGGAGGACUUGAAGGGACAUGUAGAUCUGGUUACGGCCGAUGGCUCGAUUGACUGUGCAGCGCAGCCCGAUUGCCAGGAGGAGAUUGUGGUUCGCCUGUUCUUCGCCGAAGUACUGAGCGCCUUAAAGAUUCUCUCACAUGGAGGCAGCUUCCUGGUGAAGAUGUUCACCCUCUUCGAGGCCUGCAGUGUUUCACUCCUCUACACGCUCAACUGCAUCUUUGAGCAGGUGCACAUCUUUAAACCGGCCACGUCGAAACGAGGAAACUCUGAAGUUUAUGUAAUAUGUCUGAACUACCAGAAAGACACUCCCGGCUUGCCACGUUUGCUGGAGGAGAUAAAAGCCAAGCUGGCUCAGCCGAAUGACAGCAUGGUAAUGCCACUGUUUGCUAGGUGCCAGAUCCCGCAGGACUUCCUCAUGCAGCACGAGAUUGCCUGUCGUCUGUACAUGAAGCUCCAGGCGGAUGCCAUCGAGGGAAGUAUCUAUGCCUACGAGUCCAACGAUCGCCAUUAUCUGCGACACCUUCACCACCUGCGAGGACUCGUGUCCAACACCUACUACAGUCGCUACAAAGUGAAACCCCUGGACGACAGCCUGUGCAUCGUGGACAAGGAGGCAACCAGCAAGGCCCUCGGAUUCUCAGUGCCUGUCUACGGGGGAUCCUACACAGAGAGGGAGAACUUGAAACACGGUGACCUCCUCAAGCAGAUGUACUGCCUGCGCCGGGAAUUCAACCAAUUGGAGAAGUGUCCCAGGGGCAGAGCAACAUACUCAUAUGUAAAGAACAGAGUGAAGCCCUUAAAACUUAAUGUUUCCCGUGGUGCUCCUGUCCAGAGCCUGCAAAGCAGCCUGUUCGCCUCAGAACCCAUACUCCUUCUGCGUCUUCGCAUCCUGGACACAUUUGAUCUCGAUCCCGUUUGGCAGACUGCGCCCAAGUGCCAGUUGGAGGGCAAGACACUCAACUAUCUGCCGCCCACGGAAAACCAAAACUUCCACUCGGCCCAGCAAAGCUUUUUCGUAGAUCUCCUGCAGGCAGUGAGAGAACUCCAACCCCAGAGCCUUGUCUUCCACAAGUUCCUGUUCCUCACCCACUACGCCGCUUCCCUCCUGCUGUUUCUCAUGGAAAGCGUUUACGAGGAGACCAGCUUCGAUAGCCACCAAUCGCAAACCCUGACGUUGAGUAAGCUGAAAGCUACGAAUAACAACGUCUUGGAACAAGUGCUGGUGGUCCUUAAGGAUGAGCAGGCAGGGGCCAUUCACAGCCUGCUGGAGAUCAAGGAGCUGCAGAAGAACCAGUUCAGCAACGCCCUCAUCCAGCACAACAACAACGUGCUGCUGACCUGCUUCCGCGGCAUGCUGGGCGAGGAGUCCUUCCCCAUGCCCGUAGCCUUGAAAUCCAACACGGAGGUCUCAGCCGUCCAAGAGCCGGCUGCUGUUUUUUAACAUAACGAACAUGUAUUUCUCACUUGCAUAAAAUUACAGUGCUACUUUUACAAAACUA